UGUACAUUCUCCGUCAGUCAUCUUUUCAUAUCACGAUUACAAGAGUACAGUAUACGCAACGAGAGUCCGAGGAUAUAUUUGUAUGCGAUUAAUGCAUUUGCAUUGUAACUUGCAACUGAAAUCAAUUUUUCAUAUUUUUUAAUUACGUGAAAUUGUGUUGUUGAAAUAUUGUUUCAAAAAUUAAAAAAAGAAUGGAUAGUCCAUUACCACAUAUAAUGGAAAGUGCGGAUUGUGAUGGUUUAACAAAACCAAAAGACAGGUUAUUCAGCCUUCUUGAUCAGAUCGAAGUACAUGUAGAACAAUUGAGAAAAGAUGCUUGGAGACUUGAAGAAGAAAGGGAUACUCUCUUGACAACCUUAGAUACUCUUAGAAACAAUGAAAUUCUUAGUGCAUUAGAAGAGACUGACAAGGAUGAUGUACUGAGAUAUGCUGAAAGAUUAUCUAUGCGAUGUUUAACAGUUGAUGUAUUGGUUAAAAUUCAACGUGAUCAGAUUCAAGAAGAAGCAUUACAUCAAGUAAAUGGUUUGAUUGAUAGUUUAGUUGUUGGUCUUCGUAAUGAUCCAGCUGGAACUCGACAACGUUGUGCAUCUUUUAUGAAUGCUUGUACCUCACAAAAUGUUGGCCAUUCUGAUAAAAAUUUUGAAACAGCAAUUCUUGGAUGUACUAUGGAUGAUCAAAAACGAAUAAAAAAAAGAUUACAAGGAUUAUUAGAUUAUAUUGAUAAAAUGCACACAAUUCAAUUACUAUGAAAUUAUAUUGGAGAUAAUUGAUUUUAAAGAAAACUGAAUAAAUCACUCCUUAAAUGAGCAAUAGUUGUUCUAAAGGAGAUUUACAAAAAGUUACUUAAGGCAGGGUGCUUUAUGAUAAUUCAAUGAUGAUUUUUAUGGUAAAUGUAAAAAAAGUAUCAUAUAAUGUGGAUUAUUUUCUCUAUAUAUAUUGUUUCUAUACCUUACUAUAUGUGCAAGUAAGGUUUUAUGAACAUUACAUUUGUAUUUGAACAUUAAUUAUGGUAGGAAGUAUAAAUAUAAAAUUAAUAUAAAAAA